AUGUCUUCCGACACUGGCCCAAAGCCCCGUCUCCAUACAACACGCUCGUUCCCUCGAAUGGACAAUGCAGAAAUCAGUCCUUUUAUUCGUUCAAGGGCGAAAACCGUACAAUCGAUUCCGGAAUCGGUGCACUCAGACGCACUCCCUUUGAGUCUUACGGAGAACCAAAACAGUCAGGAUGACGGCCCGGACGUGUUCGAGAAGUCUGGUGCUUCACCAUCAUCGGAACAUGGUCCAAGCGAGGAUACUUCGGUGCUCUCACGAGGCAUACCGAACCAACCGGAGGAGCUCCCAAUUGAGCUGAUCAGUCUUACUGACCGGUUCGUCAACUCGCUGAGUGCCCGAGUACACACGUCUCCGCCGACCAUAGAUAGAAUAUCUACGCUUUUCCAAGACUUUUACCUCCGAGCGGAAUCUCAUAUAACCACCCAUAUCUCUGCGCUUGCUUCUCGAAUAAAUCGCGACCCCUCGCCCUAUGCACCCGAUAAGAAGGACACAACCACGCCCAGCCGCCAAAUGUUGACGGCAUCUGAAGUGACUGAGAAGCGGAUGGCUCGAAAGCUUCUUGCGUCCAAGCAAGUCGAUCUCGAAGAGGCCGUGGAGCGGAGAGCCUGUGAAAGCGUUUAUGACAAGAUCUGGAGGCAUAAAAGCACACUCGAUGAGAUCAGGGAUGAGAAGUUGCGGUCAAAGACGGCAGCCUUGCUCUUGGUUGGAAUUAACCUAAAAGAGCUCGGUGUCGACAUCGACAUCUCUGCGGUCGACGAGAAAAGUCAAAAGGACGCAGAGGAUUGCUUUUCGGCUGCCCGUGACUUCCUCAUGAAGAUGAACGAGGAGAAAUAUCCAUUAGGAAAAUUGCGAUAUCUUGCGGCAGCGCACAAGGCAAUUGUUGAUGCCCUAACUAAGUUGCUGCCUUCGUCGUCGUCCGCUGACGAGAUUCUGCCAGCCCUCAUUUACACGCUGGUCACUUGUCCACCCGAGGGCAUGAAUGUCAUAAGCAACCUUUUGUUCAUUCAACGAUUCAGAACGAGUAAUAAGGUCGAUGGUGAAACUGCAUAUUGCCUUACCAAUCUCGAGGCUGCAGUGAGCUUCCUUGAAAACGUGGACCUUUCCGAACUUCGCGCGGAGGAAGGACAAGAAGGAGAAGUAAAAGCUUCCAAGGGUGAUUCGGCAUCAGUUGCCGAGCGCAUCCCCCCUCCCCAGCCUACUCCCGAACAGACCACAUCUUCUAUAUCAUCUGUAACUGCCUCUGCUGAGCCUACGAAGCCAAUUGGAACUCAGCCGUCUGAGACAUUAGCAGCUGCGACACCGGCUCAGCAAGGCCGAUUGAAUACAUUCUUGCAACCUCCUGCAAAGGUUCUCGGGGCCGCUAAUGACGCUGUCCGCAACACUGCUGAUCAAGGGCUGAAGAACAUUAGCGCAACGCUAGAUAGCAGCUUCAACUUUUUGUUUGGUCGUCUAAAAGAGCUACAGUCCAAUCAACCACGAGGCAAGGAUGGAGCAGCGGGUCCUGUACUGCCAAAAACUCUCGCGGAAGCUAGACGUCUGGUUACUUCCCCGCCGUCCGGUGGCAGUGCUCACUUGGAUAAAGAAGACCCUCCAAAAGAGCCUGCGGCCGCCGAGCCAUCCCGAUUAAGACGUAUUGGCUCCAAGGCAGAGGAUACUUUCACCGGGCUAGUUGCGGGACAGCGAACUCCGCGUGAUAGAAGCACGGACAGUGUACGGACGUAUGGCAGCUCUAGGGCAUCAAUAGCCACGAACGCAUCUAGAGACGAGGGCCGAACCUCUACCACAAGCUCCGCCUUACCAACUCCGACGCUAGAGACGGUUCGAAGUUUCGGAAGCACCAUCAAUCCCCUAAACCAUAUUCCGGGGAUGAUCAGGGGCUUUGGCCGUGCUACACCCGAGUCUCCCGCAUUACCUUCUCUUCCAAAUCGAACUAAAUCACCGGCGGGCGACAAAACGAAGGCUGAUCCGCCCAUCCAACGUUUCCUUCAGGCUCAAAAUGCAAACGAGCUUACUAUUGGCGAUGUAAGCGUCUUGCUUGAGGACUACAAACGUAUAUCUGCACUUCUUGUGAAGCAAGGCGCUUUGCCAAGAUAA